AUGCAAAGUAGAAAUCAGUGGUCCCUUUAUUAAAGAUUGUUUAAUUCUUAAUUUUUGAAGCUGCUAGUUGACGAAAACAGUGCCGUUUUAAAAUGUCCAAGUCAUUCAGAUUGUUAAUCAGUAGAAUAAAUCAGGCUUUACUUUUCUGUUUCAUUGAUUGUAUUUAAUAAGCAUUAUAAUUAUUGUGGGCUAGUUUGCAAUGGCAAUACUCAACUAUUUAGAGCAAGGUAGGACCCUAAAGUCAUUCUGCUUAGGGCCCCCAAAUGUACAGGGCUGCCAACAACGCACCUUAACACAUUUCUUUUCUAGACCGCUACACCUUAGAUUGAUUGUAGACAUUCCCAUGGUGUCAACUAAACCUUUUUCAUGUCCAUCUGAUGUGGACUUAUAAAAUAAGAGCCCUUUAAACCUUACACAAAACACUGUUUGGCCUUGAUUAAAAUAAAACUAUUAGAUAUCACAGGAUACCUAAUCACAAAACCAAAAUAAAGGUAUUGAGGUGCAAAUGUCACGCUAUCCUGACUGAAAUAUAACGUUAGCCAUUACUCUUUCAUGAAAGCAAGUUAAAAGUUAAGCUAAGCUAAAUUAAGUUACUAUAUUCUAAAACGCUUAACGUAGUUUAAACAUUUUUUAAUAAAAUAUAAAGUCAACCCGAAACACUUAAUAAUAGGUGCACUCCCAAAACAAACCACUUACUAUUUCCCCUGACUGAAUAGCCGCAAUUCUUCUGAACCUACAGGCAGCCAAUCAGCUUUCUCAGAGCCACCUACAGGCAGCCAAUCAGCUUUCGCUGAUCAGCGUGCAGGCAAAUAUUCCGCCCACGGCGCUUAUUCUGAGGCGGAGAUCGGAGAGAGCUGAGUUUUGCUGUUUGACGUUCAAUUGGUUAAAUUCCUCUGAUGUUACGGGUGUUGUUCGUCUAUUCAGACUCGAUGCUACGCUGUAAACACUCUUGUAAUGUCUUACUCACGGGUUAUCUGGACACCUUUCAUUUGUAUCUCCAUCUAAUUCAUUCACUAAGAGUGAAGCUCCUCCUCCUUCAGUUCAGCUAUAAAUACUGGAAUAUUCCCAUCAGGCUCAAGUGAAGAGUUUACUGAAGGACAGCGAGAACAUGAGUGAUCCAGAACCCUGCAGAAUUAAACAUGAAGAUACUGAACAACAAAUAGACCUAAUUGAAGAAAAUGUGGUGAGUAAAGAGGAGGAACAUCAUGUCAAAGUUGAGGAAAAAAAUCAUUUACAGACUUGCGGUAUUUUGAAAACGAGACACAAAAAUCAUUUCACCUGCACUCAGUGUGGAACAAGUUGUGAAGGAAAAGGCAAUCUUAAGAUUCACAUGAGGAUCCACACUGGAGAGAAACCAUUCACCUGCACUCAGUGUGGGAAAAGUUUCGGCCGAUCAUCCAACCUUAAUCAACACAUGAGGAGCCACACUGGAGAGAAACCAUUCACAUGCACUCUCUGUGGGAAGAGUUUCAGCCAUUCAUCAAACCUUAACAAACACAUGAAGACCCACCCUGAAGAGAAACCAUUCACAUGUACUCAGUGUGGGAAGAGCUUUAGCCAAUUAUCAAACCUUAAUAAACACAUGAUGAUCCACACUGGAGAGAACCCAUUCACAUGCACUCUCUGUGGGAAGAGUUUCAUCUUCUCAUCAAACCUUAACAAACACAUGAAGACCCACACUGGAGAGAACCCGUUGACAUGCACUCAGUGUGGGAAGAGCUUUAGCCACUCAUCAAACCUUAAUAAACACAUGAAGAUUCACACCGGAGAGAAACCAUACACAUGCACUCUCUGUGGCAAGAGUUUCAUCUUCUUAUCAAAUCUUAACAUACACAUGAAGAUCCACACUGGAGAGAAACCAUUCAUAUGCACUCAGUGUGGGAAGAGCUUCAGCCGAUCAUCCAACCUUAAUCAACACAUGAAGAUCCACACUGAAGAGAAACCAUUCACCUGCACUCAGUGUGGGAAGAGUUUCAGCCAUUCAUCAUCCGUUAAUCGACACAUGAGGAUGCACACUGAAGAGAAACCAUUCAUAUGCACUCAGUGUGGGAAGAGUUUCAGCCAUUCAUCAUCCAUUAAUCGACACAUGAGGAUCCACACUGGAGUAGGCAUAGGAUGAUAACCAGGGCUUGACAUGAACUUGUUUGAUCAUCAGCCACUGUGGCAAGUAGGCACUCAUUACUAGGCACUCGCCAUUUUCACUAGCCACAAUUUUGUUUGUUGGGAAAAUAUAUUUAAUAUGUAUAAAUAUGACUUUGACACGCUAAAAUGACUUGAUUUAGAUUUUGUGUUAUGUCCACAUGCUUCCUUUUGUCAUGGAUUCAUAGUGUCAUAUUACAAUUAGUUUUUAUUUCACAUGACUUUUCAGACGAAAUUUAUCUCUGACCACACCAAACAUAAUUAUUUCUUAUCCACAAAAUUUAAAUGUCAAAACAAGCAAAAUAUAUCUGUAUACUAAUACUUUUAAUUUAACAAAACAUUUCUUAAAAGUACAAGAACAAUUGACGUUUAAAAAUGAAUUAUUGUCAUAUAUCUAAAACUACGCACAGCAAUCUGUCCAGGCUAAACAUCACCAGUUAACUACACAUAAAUGUGGAGCUAAUCUCAUAUUAGAGCAAUGUUAUUGUAAAGGAUGAUAAUGAAACCAUAUGAACAAAAAUAACUAAGCAAAAGAAAGCAGGUGAAAAAUAUUCUCUGUGUGAUAAUGAAAGGAUGAUCACACACAAGGUUAACGUUAGGCCAAUUAAUAAUCUGUUCAAAGAAUGGUAAAAGCGAAAGCAACUGGUGCUGCUUACCAAAAGACAAAUCUGGAGCUCUUGAAAGCAGCAAGACUGUGGAUGCAAGAGCAUCACUUUCUGUUUAAAAAGAGAACCGAACACGCCAGUUGUGUUUCUAGGCACGGUUGUUUCAAGCAAGGAAACUGGAGUGUGCACGCAUUUCAAGAGUUCCCACUUAGAUAUGCUUGAGGUAUAAAGCAGGUUUGGCAUGCUGUCCCGGAAGAGAACCCUGAGCUCGGAGAUAUUUGAGCCCAGGGCUCCCGCCCGGUCGAUAAGCAUAUCAGGAGAUCCGAGAUCAGGUAGGUCUCGAGAGCUCCCCAUUUAGAAAAGGGAGGAAAAGGAGGAGAUGGGGUGGAAGGGGGGGAUUCUUCCAAACGAAGAUAGAAACAGUAGGGAGAAAAUGAUCCAUUUAUAGUAAACUAGGCUCACUCUGAUUGGAUUAUUACUGAUUACAGAUGAGUGGCCAGACGUGCUCAAUCAUAUCACGUGCUCCUCUCCAAAUUAGUUUAUGAAACUUCCCUUUAAACCGUUGCGCGCAUCACAUCACGAGUAAUGAUCCUCUCAUUCAGUAUUCACCUGCUUACGCAAACACAAUUAGUUUUGUCUGUCUUGCUGCUUCUUAAUUAUAAGAUCGCAUUUGCAUGCAUAUUUGGCCAUCUUUAUAGUCGAACCCCGCAAUUAGGAAAGCUACAAUUUAAAAAUAAUUGUCAAACAGCCAAAGUGGCUAGUGGCGGUGGCUGUCUAACCCGCUACAGGGGAAAUCUACCCGCAUUUGGCAGGUGUUAAUGUCAAGCCCUGAUGAUAACCAUUUUUAAGGUACACCGCAGUUUGUAAAAGUCAAGGUUUUAAA